AUGAGUACCCACUCUCCUACUCCAUCGAUAAAUAGCCAGUCGGGCAUGCCAGCUCCUGCCAUCAAAGAAUGUGUCCCUUUGGACUCUCUUGACGCGCGUAUAUUGCAAUAUCGCUACGCCUCGCAGAAAAUACUCAAGCUGAUUGAGAACGUUAAAUCCCUCGUCAAGAUAUGCUCCCAAGAAAAGAAGAUUGCGUUCACAAAGUACAUCAUACUGCUCAACGGAUGUAUAUUCAAUGUCAAUGAUAAUAUAUACAGGAGAUCUGAGAUCUUGAUCAACGGCAACAAAUUUAAUCCUGCUCAAUCUAUAGAGCCUUCGCCCAACACUAAUGCAGUAAGCUUCGACUGCAUGGACAAUUCCACCAAUUACGAUACUACCAGGCUGAGGUUGCCCACAGUGAGGCAAAGUAUGGACACUUUAAAGCUUUUAGAGCUAUUGUUAAUCAACACUUUUGAGAUAUACGACCACAAGUGGAAAACUGCCAUGAACGAGCGAUCUACUCAGGAGGCGAAAAGAGACAAACCCCUUUUCACACUGGAUGAUAUUGCAGACAUGCUAGAGUUUCCAGAAUUGCAGUCCAUGCAGCUGUUGGUUGACGAUGAGCCAGAAAAUACUUCUGCCGAUGCUAAAGCCGACAUUUCUCUCCGCUCUUUUGACCUCAAAAGCCUCAACAUUAACCUGGUUAAUUUUGAGCUAGCCAUGGGCCUAUUCCGAAACCGCAUUGACGCUCUUGGCAGGUGCAAGGUUAAAGAGAAUCUACUCUCGUCGCCGCGUUACAAAUUCAUUCUUCAGAGAUCGCUUCUGCUUCUUUUACACCUUGCUGACUUUUAUGGUGUGGUUCGCAAGUUUGGAAAAAUGCUAUAUCAUAACAACAGUUUUUACUUUGAAAACUAUGCGCGCACAAGUGACUCCCUUAGAGUGGUGAUGAAGAACCUUGAAGUCUAUUUUAAUCAGUCAAAAAAGAACAGUUUACUAUUGGCUGCCAUAACGAGAAUCACGAGAAACGGAAGUUUGAUGGCGGUCCGUCCCGACAAUAUCCAUGAGCUAUAUAAGGUCAGCGACGAUACUUACAGCUUGCUGAGUACCAUGAUGCUUGUCUUGAAAAGAUUUCAGGCGGAGUGGCAGAUUAUUAUCGAUUCCAAUCGCUCUAAUGAGUUCGACAAGGAGCAAUUGAGACGGAAGCUCAAAGAACAGAAAAUUCGAGAGCGAAACGAGCAAAAAAGAUUGCAAUUUAACGCCCAGCUUGACAGAAACAUGGAGGCUAUGCACAUAUCGCCCGAGAAGUUCAAGGCAGAUAUGGAAAAACAGUCAAGAUUCCAGAAAGAGCUUUUCGACGAUGCCAUAGAAGCCCGACUAAUCAAAGAGGCUGGUGUAAGAGAUCAGGAACAACAAAAGGCAGAAGAGAUGCAGCAGAAAGUUGGAGAACGUGAAAAACAGCUGCGCGAAGAGUUGAGGUCCGCCAGAUCGUCUCCAAACUCUCUCUCCCGACAAUCUUCCAUCUCGCGGUCGCGGUCUUCCAGUCUGCAGAGCAAUCAAGACGAUGGUUCUCUUCGACGUUCGAAAUCCACUUCGAGUAGACGAAAUUCUCUACUGGUCACUCCCGAGAUUCAGCGUACGAUUCCAGAGCAGAAUGAAAGUAUGUCAGAUCCUAUCUCUCCGCUAGUUGUGUUUCAAACUCCAACUAUCAACGCAACCACAGCUGGGGCUGGUGCAUCCUCAAACUUAUCUCCUCAUCCACAGACAAAUGUAUCAAAGCCGCAGAACUCGCCUGUUGACCAUGCCAGAGCAGCGGCAUUGGCCUCUAAAAAAGUGACCCAGCCACCUCUGACCGCUCAGCAGAGGCUCCAACAGCAUAUAAUGAAAUCUUCGCAGAACGGACAAGCCAUUGCGAAAAGAAUCGAGCCAAAACCAAGGCCAAGGUCACUUUAUGCUCACAUGAAUGGGUCUCCUGCAAAGUUUCUGGAUGGGGCAAACUCCGGAAGCAGAAGCAACUCGCUGCAAAGCGAUGCCGAAUUCCCCACUAGUCCCUUAAACUCUCUAAAACAGAGCAACUUUCCUGAUUUCCAGGUCCAAACAAACAGAUCUCGAUCUGGGUCAUUGCAGGGUAGCGAGAAUUUGCAGUCACCAGGGAACAGCGCGGCGGGACGCGCGUCUCCAUCGAAUUCGGUGUCACGUAGCAGGUCUGGCAGUUUGUCGCAAAGGCCAGUGAGCUCGAUUCCAGAAGGUGACGAGACUACAAAAGAUUCUGAGGCUGACAAUACUGCUACACGAAACUCGCCUAGCAAAACAAGCGAGAAUUCCUCGAUAAAGACUCGUUCGCGAGCUUCCUCUACACGCCAAAAUGGCCCACCGCAGAAUUUGGGAAAUGUGCUUGUUGUUCCUGAGGAUUCGUCGCCUGAGCUCGAUGCAAACGGGGAAGUGAUCAAGAAAGUGCGUUUUACAGGAGUCCCCGAAUAUAGCGAGGACGAAGAUGCUCCGACCCCACAGCAAAUGCAAAAGCAAAUGCGGCAAAAAUGGUCAUCAUAUAAGCCGCAGUUCCGCAACAGAACCAAGCAACUCAACUCCCAAGAGGGUCUCGCGUUCCGUAAGUUUCAGGGCUCCAUGGUUGGAGGAGAAUUUGAAGGUUUCAGCAAGGUCAACGCGAAUAGCAUUCCUGUGGAGGUGAACGGAAAAUUUUCAAUGAUGAGUGUGAUCAACUCUCCAGAGUCUCCUGGGCCUUCUCGAAAGUUGACCAAGCUCUUCAAACGACGUUGA